AUGGGCUCAUGGGAUUAUUACUGCGCUUUGUGCGGGUCUACCUUCCAAGGAGAGCGUUUUGUUUCCAGAAAACCACGCACAGCCCGGUACUUAUGGCGAAAGCAACGCGAAGCUGACUUUGAUGCAUUGGUAGCUGCAGACCCCUUGAAUGGCCGAAUCGAUUUUCGGAGGUUCAACGAAGAAACUGCUGCUGGUGAAGACAAUCUUGAUAACGAAUCAUUGUCUAGCCAAGAUGAGGAUGACACCUAUGAUUGCUCGAUCAUCUCCAAAGAGGAUGCCACAUGGUCCAAUAAUCUCCAAUGCCUUGGCGUGAAUAGUGAUUAUCCUUUUCGCAGCAAUGCAUUUCUUUCUGACAUUGGCUGUGAUGACGAAUUCGGCGCUGUCUCUGCCGAACCAGGCAGCGAUUCUAGCGCGCCCGACGAUUUGGACGAUUAUAAGGCUUACGAUCAGAACGAAAAUUACCCACUCUUCCCUUUUCACCCCAAGUGCUUUCAGCUGCUCCAACAGACUGUCGCAUUCCAGCGAGGUUUCCAAAUAAAAGCCAAAUCGCUACUCGAUGGUGACUGGGAGUUGAACGUGCCCGGUGGUGAUUUUGACAAGGAUGUGCUGUACAGGGUCUUCCGCAAUUUGCAGAGUGAUGCACAGCUGGAUAUCUCAUAUGGAGAGCCAGAGCUACCUCACGAUCAAUACUGGCUUGCGAACCCGGGAGAGGAACUCUUCAUUGCAGACCCUGGAAAGCGAAACCCCCAUGCCAUGAAUGCGAUUGAUGAUAUGUGGCGUGAAAUACACUCUCCCAAAUCAGGACUUGAGCCGGACAUUACAGGAAUCUGUAACUUGAACUUGAAAUUGAUGGACGACCCGUUUGCACACUUCCCGCUCGAAUUACUCCUGAUUAUCAUCUCAGCACUCCAGCCUCGCUCGCUUUUAAACCUCAUGCAAGCCUCGCCUCACAUACGACGUGGAUUGAGCCGUACCAGCUUCUCAUAUUGGAAACGGCGAUUUGAGACAGAUUUGCCAUGGUUCUACGAAGUUCACUCUUUCUUACAGGGCAUUCCCAGUCCAGCCAGCUUUGAUGCUAGAGAGCUUCCUGGCAAGUCGCUCUCGCAUUUCUUUGCAUGGGCAUACCAUACUACCACCCCUCGGUGGGGAUUACAUGGCCCUUUCAUGGGAAUUGCCAAUCGUCGACGGAUUUGGGAAGCAUGCAACCAACUCGUGGGUCCGUACUUGGCUUUGGUCAAACCCGAAGAUAGAAACACAGAAGUGGAAGAAGACGGACAGUUCCACAGUGAUAAAAGCUGA